CAUGGAAAUCAAACCUUUCUGAACCAGAUCUACACAGAGCUCCACAUCACAGAGGGGUUAACUAGAGAGGUCAACCAGGAACAUGAGGUCAGACGGAUUGAAACAGCAUCCAGGAAACAAGAAACAAUCAGGAGAGAAGACAUCUUUAAAGUCCCACCUGGAAGUGAUCAACCAAUCAGAACAGUGAUGACCAUGGGAGUGGCUGGCAUUGGGAAAACACUGUUAACACAGAAGUUCACUCUGGACUGGGCUGAAGGCAGAACCAACCAAGACAUUGAUUUCAUAUUUCCAUUCACUUUCAGAGAGCUGAAUAUGUUGAAAGAAGAACAUUUCAGCUUAGUGGGACUGAUUCAUGAACGCUUCACUAAAACCAAAGGAAUCAGCAACUUUGAAAUGUUCAAGGUUCUGUUCAUCUUUGAUGGUCUGGAUGAGAGUCGACUUCCUCUGGAUUUCCACAAGACUAAAAUGUUAACUGACCCUGAAAAGUCCACCUCAGUGGAUGUUCUGCUGACAAACCUCAUCAGGGGGGAACUGCUUCCCUCUGCUCUCCUCUGGAUAACCACACGACCUGCAGCAGCCAAUCAGAUCCCUGCUGAGUGUGUUGGCAUGGUAACAGAGGUCAGAGGGUUCACUGACCCCCAGAAGGAGGAGUACUUCAGGAAGAGAUUCAGUGAUGAUGAAGAGAAGGCCAGCAGGAUCAUCUCCCACAUCAAGACAUCAAAAACCCUCUAUAUCAUGUGUCACAUCCCAGUUUUCUGCUGGAUCACUGCUACAGUUCUGGAGGAUGUGAUGGAGACCAGAGAGGGAGGAGAGCUGCCCAGCACCCUGACUGAGAUGUACAUAGAGUUCCUGCUGGUUCAGAACAAAAUCAAGGAGGAAAAGUAUGAUGGACAACAAAAGACUAAAUCUAUCUGGAGUCCAGAGAACAGGAAGCUGAUUGAGUCUCUAGGUAGUCUGGCUUUAGAUCAGCUGCUGAAGGGAAACCUGAUCUUCUAUGACAAAGACCUCAAACGUUGCGGCAUCGACAUCACAGAUGCUGCGUUGUUCUCAGGAGUUUUCACUGAGAUGUUUAAAAAGGAGAGAGGAACGCGCAACAUCUCCGUCUACUCCUUUGUUCAUCUGAGCAUCCAGGAGUUUCUGGCUGCCGUCUACAUGCUCCACUGCUUCACCAGCAGGAGGGCAGGGGUCAUCAAAACGUUCCUGGGAGAAGAAUACAAUGAAACAUCUCUAGAUGAGUUCAUGAAGAAAGUCAUGAAGAAAUCCCUCAGCAGUAAAAAUUGCCACCUGGACCUGUUUGUCCGCUUCCUUCAUGGUCUCACUGGGGAGUGCAACCAGAGACUCUUACAGGAUCUGCUGGGUCAGACAGAGAACCGUCCAGAAACCAUCCAGAGAAUCAUCACCAACCUGAAGGAGAUGAACUCUGAUGGAUUCUCUCCUGACAGAAGCAUCAACAUCUUCUACUGUCUGAUGGAGAUGAACGACGUCUCAUUUUAUCCGGAGAUCCAACGGCUGCUGGAUUCAGGGAAGGAGCUCUCAAAGUUUGACUGUUCAGCUCUGGCCUUCAUGCUGCAGAUGUCAGAGGUUCUGGAUGAGUUGGACCUGGAGAAGUACAACACAUCAGAGGAUGGACGACAGAGACUGGUUCCAGCUGUGAGGAACUGCAGAAAGGCUCGUCCUUUGUACAGCUGCAGUUUGUCAGAGACCAGCUGGACGUCUCUGUUCUCAGCUCUGAAGUCCAACCCGACCCAUCUGACAGGACUGAAGUUGAGAGACAGCAACCUGGGAGAUUCUGCAGUGAAGGAGCUCUGUGGUUUUCUACAGAAUGAAGGCUGCAAACUACAAAAAUUUGAAUUUGGGGGCUACAGUUUGUCAGAGACCAGCUGGACUUCUCUGUUCUCAGCUCUGAAGUCCAACCUGUCCCAUCUGAUAGAACUGGAUCUGAGCUACAGCAACCUGGAUGAUUCUGGAGUGAAGAAUUUCUUCACUCCUAAAGAAGGUUUUCUACAGGAUUGUGGCUGCAAAAUACAACAAUUAAGAUUGAUGGACUGUAGGUUGUCAGAGACCAGAUGGACGUCUCUGUUCUCAGCUCUGAAGUCCAACCCGACCCAUCUGAAGGAACUGAACCUGAACAGAACCAACCUGGGAGAUUCUGGAGUGAAGGAGCUCUGUGGUUUUCUACAGACUGAAGGCUGCAGACUGGAGACAUUGGAGUAAGAUUUUAGUUCAGUUAAUAUUUCAGUGAAUAAUUAUCUAUAAUUGAUCAUAAAUCAAAGUUCAUAUCUUCUGUUCUAAUAAAUAUUUUCUGAGUUUGUUCCUGGACUUGGAUCCAGAGUUUAAUUUAGUCCCUCUGUGUAACUGAGUUGGACCUGCUGACCUGAGGUCAGAACAGGACAGCAUUCGGACCCCCAGUGUGUAGAAAUCCCCCUCAUGUCAAGCAGGUCAAAGGUCAUUCAUGAUUGAUGCUUCAACACUUUGAUCAGAACCUGGAAUGAUUUUACUGAC